UCUGCUAUGCUAGCAGACUAAACACCGAAUCUAUGAUGAAAUGCAUUUCUUAAUAAUUCUGGGUAUUUUAUCAAAUACGCAUGCAUUCAAAGAGAAGCAUUUUACAGAACCAGGUUUGGAAGAGUUAGUGCGUCAAAUUAAUGGACUUAAUGGGCUUGAAGGAGAACCAAGAUAUUCUAGGGUUCAGAGAAAUGUAGUUGUAUACCGCAAGAAAACUCGGCAAGAGAUGAUUGAGGACGAAUUCAAAGAGUAUGAAAAAUGUCUAAAGAAGAGAGAGGCAGAAAGACUCGAAGGAAAGAACACGAUUCGGGGGUUGUUGGUAUUGGAGGGCCAAAGUGUGAGACUCAGCUGCAAUCUGUGCCCACGACCUGACCAGGACUUCGCCAAACUGCAGAUAAUAGACUGGCAACAACUACGACGCCAGGACUCAGAUUUCGUAUUCGUUGAUCACGAAAAUGAACGAGUUAAAAUUGACAAGAGUACUCGUGAUCUUAUCUUUGAUGCAGUGGAUGUUUUGGAUGCAGGUCAAUAUUUUUGCAUAAACACCUUCUACAGAGAAUAUGAGGAAAUCUAUCAACUUGAUGUGUUAUUCAGGGAAAGGCUUAAGACGACGAAAUACGAAGACAUUGCACAGGGAAAAGACAAGUUUCUUGGAGAAUACUGGCUGAAGGAUCGCAACAUCAAAACGUUCACAGCCUGGUCAGAUUGGACUGACUGCCAAGACUGCAAUAAGAAAAGUGUUAAACGGAGGGUGGGUAUAUGCAUGGUCAACAAAAUUGAUAAGACUCUUCCUGUUUUGCCUUAUGACCUUCCAGUCCUCGACCUUUACCCCAAUGGCGUGCCUUGUCGGUCAACCGUGCUGCCUAAAGAUCUGGCUUCAGUUAAACGCAUCAAAAUGAGGCGUAGCGAGGUGUGUUUGGCAGACUGUUUCAAAAAUUGCCCAACUACGCCGGGUUACACUCUCAUCAAAGACGAGAAUGGUACAGUGAUUGAAACAGUAGAGGCUGGAUUUUACUCACUCAAAAAGCCACCCACACUUCCACCUAUGGUCGUGCGAAAAGUGCUUUUCGAACCUGUAAACAAACACCUUAUUCUAAAAUGCCCAAAAAGUCAGCAUUCUAAGGCUCUGAUACGAUGGCAAAAUAACUCAAUGGUGUUAAAUCCCCUGACAAUUAAACGACAAACCAGAGGACGAGUGUUCAUUGAUACUGUAAACAGACUGCACAUCCGGCGCCUGCGCUUGACUGACACCGCGCCAUACAACUGCUGGAGCUCAACUCUUCAUUUGGCGACCAUUAAAGUGAUCGUCCAUGAGGCUUACAACGACAUAAAAAUUAAGGAAGUCAUUACUCUUGGCGGGCUUGGUCUGACUAUUUUUUCUAUUUCAUGUAUUUUGAUUUGUACUAUAUGUAAAGGAAGGAAGAAGAAGAAAAAGAAAAAGAGCAAAAAAUGAUUUCUAAAAAAAAAUCUGUCGUUUGGCAUGAUAUACUUGUAAAUUUAUUCUUGAAUUAACUUGAACAGUUGAAAGUGGGUUUAUAUGCACAAUGCUUGUAUUUGACCGAUGUUAUUUCACCACUACUUCCUUUUACUUUUUUAAUGCCAGUUUAACUGUCUUUUGUGUAAAGUAUGUUGCUAAGCAUAUGUACUAUUUCAACUAUUGCUUAUAUUGCUUUAGUUUGAUUAUAUGUAAAACUCCA